CCAACUCUUGUAAUUACUGUUUAUAGCUGCCCAGGGCUGACCAUGAGAGGGCAAACCCAAGAGGAAAUAAGUUUCCUGAACCUUGGAGAAAUGGCUGUGUGUUAAUUAAAGGAGAAGGAAAUGGAUAUGUCUGACCCCAAUUUUUGGACUGUGCUCUCAAACUUUACUUUGCCUCAUUUGAGGAGUGGGAACAGGCUUCGGCGAACACAAAGUUGCCGAACAAGCAACCGGAAAAGUUUGAUAGGCAAUGGACAGUCAGCAGCAUUGCCUCGACCACACUCACCUCUCUCUGCUCAUGCAGGAAACAGCCCUCAAGAUAGUCCAAGAAAUUUCUCCCCCAGUGCCUCAGCCCAUUUCUCAUUUGCACGGAGGACUGAUGGACGCCGCUGGUCUUUGGCUUCUCUCCCUUCCUCUGGCUAUGGGACAAACACACCCAGCUCCACAGUCUCUUCCUCCUCUUCCUCCCAGGAGAAGCUGCAUCAGUUACCAUACCAACCAACACCAGAUGAAUUGCACUUCCUAUCAAAACAUUUUUGUACUACUGAAAGCAUUGCCACGGAAAACAGGUGCAGGAACACGCCCAUGCGACCCCGUUCCCGAAGUCUGAGCCCUGGACGUUCUCCCGCCUGCUGUGACCAUGAAAUAAUUAUGAUGAACCAUGUCUACAAAGAAAGGUUCCCAAAGGCCACGGCUCAGAUGGAAGAACGUCUGAAGGAAAUUAUCACCAGCUACUCUCCUGACCAUGUUCUGCCUCUAGCAGAUGGGGUGCUCAGUUUCACUCACCAUCAGAUUAUUGAACUGGCUCGAGAUUGCUUGGAUAAAUCCCACCAGGGUCUCAUCACCUCGCGAUACUUCCUUGAAUUACAGCACAAAUUAGAUAAAUUGCUACAAGAGGCUCAUGAUCGUUCAGAAAGUGGAGAAUUGGCAUUUAUUAAACAACUGGUUCGAAAGAUCCUAAUUGUUAUUGCCCGCCCAGCUCGAUUAUUAGAGUGUCUGGAAUUUGAUCCCGAAGAAUUUUACUACCUGUUGGAAGCAGCAGAAGGCCAUGCAAAAGAAGGACAGGGUAUUAAAACCGACAUUCCCAGGUACAUCAUUAGCCAGCUGGGGCUCAAUAAGGAUCCUUUGGAAGAAAUGGCUCAGUUGGGAAACUAUGACAGUGGGACAGCAGAAACCCCAGAAACAGAUGAAUCAGUGAGUAGCUCUAACGCUUCCCUGAAACUUCAAAGGAAACCUCGAGAAAGUGAUUUUGAAACGAUUAAAUUGAUUAGCAAUGGAGCCUAUGGGGCAGUCUACUUUGUUCGGCAUAAGGAAUCCCGGCAGAGGUUUGCCAUGAAGAAGAUCAAUAAACAGAACCUCAUCCUCCGAAACCAGAUCCAGCAGGCCUUUGUGGAACGGGAUAUCCUGACUUUUGCAGAGAAUCCCUUUGUUGUCAGCAUGUACUGCUCCUUUGAAACAAGGCGCCACCUUUGCAUGGUCAUGGAAUACGUGGAAGGAGGUGACUGUGCUACCUUGAUGAAGAACAUGGGUCCUCUCCCUGUUGACAUGGCCAGGAUGUACUUUGCUGAGACAGUCUUGGCCUUGGAAUAUCUACAUAAUUAUGGAAUUGUACACAGGGAUUUGAAACCAGACAAUUUGUUGGUCACCUCCAUGGGGCAUAUAAAGCUGACAGAUUUUGGAUUAUCCAAGGUGGGACUAAUGAGCAUGACUACCAAUCUUUAUGAAGGUCAUAUCGAGAAGGAUGCUCGAGAGUUCCUGGACAAACAGGUCUGUGGCACACCUGAAUAUAUUGCACCAGAAGUGAUUCUGAGGCAGGGCUAUGGGAAACCGGUGGACUGGUGGGCCAUGGGGAUUAUCCUCUAUGAAUUUCUGGUUGGAUGCGUGCCAUUCUUUGGGGAUACUCCAGAAGAGCUAUUUGGACAAGUCAUCAGUGAUGAGAUCAACUGGCCGGAAAAGGAUGAGGCACCACCCCCCGAUGCCCAGGAUCUGAUUACCUUGCUUCUUCGGCAGAAUCCCCUGGAGAGACUGGGAACAGGUGGCGCCUAUGAAGUCAAACAGCAUCGAUUCUUCCGUUCCUUAGACUGGAACAGUUUGCUGAGACAGAAGGCAGAAUUUAUUCCCCAACUGGAAUCCGAGGAUGACACAAGUUAUUUCGAUACCCGAUCAGAGAAAUAUCAUCACAUGGAGACGGAGGAAGAAGAUGACACAAAUGACGAAGACUUUAAUGUGGAAAUAAGACAGUUUUCCUCCUGUUCGCACAGGUUUUCAAAAGUUUUCAGCAGCAUAGACCGAAUAACGCAGAAUCCCGGAGAAGAGAAGGAAGACCCUGGAGACAAAACCAAAAGCACAGCGUUGCCAUCCACAGAAACAUUCAGCUGGAGCUCAGAGUAUUCAGAAAUGCAACAGUUAUCCACAUCCAACUCUUCAGAUACUGAAAGCAACAGACAUAAACUCAGUUCUGGCCCACUUCCCAAACUGGCUAUUUCAACAGAGGCAGAAAAAGAUGAAGGUGCUCCCUGCCCCAGAGACCUGCACGAGGAGCCAGAAAAGCCAGCCCUUCCUCCUGCAGAGAGUGCUCAGGAGGAGCCCGAGGUCACCACUCCCGCCAGUACCAUCAGCAGCUCCACCCUGUCAGAUAUGUUUGCCGUGUCUCCAUUGGGAAGUCCAAUGUCCCCCCAUUCCCUGUCCUCGGACCCUUCUUCUUCGCGAGAUUCUUCUCCCAGCCGAGAUUCUUCAGCAGCCUCUGCCAGUCCACAUCAGCCCAUUGUGAUCCACAGUUCAGGGAAAAACUACGGUUUUACCAUCCGCGCCAUCCGGGUGUAUGUGGGAGACAGCGACAUCUAUACAGUGCACCAUAUUGUUUGGAAUGUUGAAGAAGGAAGUCCAGCGUGCCAGGCAGGACUGAAGGCUGGGGAUCUGAUCACACACAUCAAUGGAGAACCAGUGCAUGGACUUGUCCACACGGAAGUUAUAGAGCUCUUGCUAAAGAGUGGAAAUAAGGUGUCAAUCACUACUACCCCAUUUGAAAACACGUCAAUCAAAACGGGACCAGCCAGGAGAAACAGCUAUAAGAGCCGGAUGGUGAGGCGGAGCAAAAAAUCUAAGAAGAAAGAAAGUCUAGAAAGGAGGAGAUCGCUUUUCAAAAAACUAGCCAAGCAGCCUUCUCCUUUACUCCACACCAGCCGAAGUUUCUCCUGUUUGAACCGGUCCCUGUCAUCAGGGGAGAGCCUCCCUGGCUCCCCCACGCACAGCUUAUCUCCCCGGUCCCCCACACCAAGCUAUCGCUCCACCCCUGACUUCCCAUCAGGUACUAACUCCUCUCAGAGCAGCUCCCCGAGCUCUAGUGCCCCCAAUUCCCCAGCAGGGUCAGGACACAUCCGGCCCAGCACCCUACAUGGUCUGGCCCCCAAACUCAGCGGACAGCGCUACCGUUCUGGAAGGCGGAAGUCGGCUGGCAGCAUCCCACUCUCCCCACUGGCCCGGACCCCGUCUCCAACACCACAGCCCACCUCCCCUCAGCGGUCACCAUCCCCUCUCUUGGGACACUCGCUUGGCAAUUCCAAGAUCGCUCAAGCCUUUCCCAGCAAAAUGCACUCCCCUCCCACCAUUGUCAGACAUAUCGUGAGGCCCAAGAGUGCAGAGCCCCCGAGGUCUCCACUGCUCAAACGUGUGCAGUCAGAGGAAAAGCUGUCUCCCUCCUAUGGCAGCGACAAGAAGCACCUCUGUUCCCGCAAACACAGCCUGGAGGUGACCCAGGAGGAGGCGCCGCGGGAACAGCCUCCACGGGAAGUGACCUUGCAGAGCCUGGACGAGAAUGUGUGUGACGCCCCUUCCCUGAGCCGUGCCAGGCCUGUGGAGCAAGGCUGCCUGAAGCGCCCCGUCUCGCGGAAGCUGGGGAGACAGGAGUCUGUGGAUGAGCUGGACAGAGAGAAGCUCAAGGCCAAGGUGGUGGUGAAGAAGCCAGAUGGUUUCCCAGAGAAACAAGAACCCCACCAGAAAUCCCAUGGACUUGGGAGUGAUUUAGAAAACCUCUCUACGUACAGGCUGGAAGAGAGAGAGAAGAAGAUCUAUCCAAAGGCUUUAGAAAGGUCAAAUCAUUUUGAUAACAAAGGGGCCUUGCAGGAGGCCACGUCCCUGGGCAGCCUGCUGAAAGGGGCUCUUCACAAGCAGGCCAGCGUUCGGGCCAGCGAGGGGGUGACCUCAGAAGGGGCAGCGGCUGGCCAUGGCCCAACCCCCGGGGACCACGGCCAGGGCAUCUGUGACUUCAAGCGCGCCUCUGCUCCCGGCACCCUCCAGGACACUGUGUGCCUCUCCGUUGACAGGUCCAGCUCUGGGAAGGGCGAAAACACAGAGAAGGCCUCCCAGGCUAAGGAGUGUCUCCGAUGUGAAAAGUUAGAUAGCAAACUGGCCAACAUCGAUUACCUCCGAAAGAAAAUGUCGCUUGAAGACAAAGAUGACAGCCUGUGCCCUGUGCUGAAGCCUAAGAUGACGUCUAGUGCCCAUGAAAGCCUGACUGGGAACCCAGUCCGACCCACAGGUGGACAGCAGGAGGCCCCAGCGGCCUCUGAGAGCCGAGCAUUCAUGAGCCCUGCCCACACGGCUCAGAUCAGCGCUGUCUCCUUUGUCCCUCUCAAGGCCCUAGCUGGCCGGGUGGACAGUGGAGUAGAGAAGCCAGGCUUGGUUGCUUCUGAGUCACCUGUCCGGAAAAGCCCCUCUGAGUAUAAACUGGAAGGUAGGUCUGUGUCCUGCCUGAAGCCAAUUGAGGGCACUUUGGAUAUUGCUCUCUUGUCUGGACCUCAGGGCUCCAAGACAGAGCUGCCUUCCCCGGAGCCUGCCCAGAGCCCCAGCCCGGCCAGCGAUGUGGGGCCAUCUGUGCCGCCGGCUCUCCCCAGCACAGGAGCCAAGAAGGGUGAGACGGCGGCUCAGAGGGAGCCUUCCACUGCCGGCUUCAGGAUGAACAAGUCCUACCUGCUGGAGCCCCGGUUUCCGCCCCCCGGCCGGGGUCUCCAGCAUGCACCAGCAGCUCCCGUGCCUUGCUCUGAGCCGGAGCUAAGGCGGGACAGGAAAGCUUCCCAUGCGGCCAGGAGCCCAGUGAUGGUCAUGGAAAGCGAUCCCCAGCGGAGAGAGGGGGGCCCCAGCAGACACCAGGACCACAGCCCCGACACCAAACUCUUCCCCUCGCUGGGGCCGAAUGCCCACGGCACCGACUCAUCCGGGUCACGCAGCCUGCUGCUGCCUGAAGGUACCACCUCACGAGAGAAGCCGAGUGGGAGGGAAUCCUCUGACAGGGGCCCUUCCACGGCCAGAAGCGAGCGGUCUGCUGUGAGGGCUGACUCCCCCAGGGACCCCUCCACGGAGUCGUAUCCUCCGGAAGCUGCUAAAACCAGUGACAGUUCCAGAAAUCUCCCUUCUGGGGGAAGGACCCGUCCAGAUUCCUACGCACAGACCCAUGCCAUGGAGAAAGCAUGGGGACUUUGUGGAAAGACAAACCACAGAGAUGGCCGAGGUGAGGUGAGGUCGCUGGCAAGGGAGGGCUCUUGUUUGCAGUCAGCCGGGACUCCUCGCGAGAGGGAGCUGGGCAGAGGAAGAGGUGGUGUGGAACCCCAGCCAGAAGCUCCUGCCAGCGUGUGGUCACUGCACCCAAUGGGCACUGAGCGUGGGAAGGAGCCCCAGCUCUCUGCUUCCCCAUCUUUGCAGAAAGACGGUCCCAAGGAACCAGAAAGGAAAGAACGGCCUCUACAGAAGCACAUCAGCAGUAGCUCUCAGCCCCCGCUGGUCACCAAAGAACUGCCCAGCCUGGCGGCUCGGCAGCACAGCAGUGCCCCAAGCCACGCCUCAGGCGGAGAGCCGGGGGACAAGCCGUGUGCUGCAGAGCCUGGCCUGGGCCUCCAGGGCCCUGCCAAGCCCGCCGCAGGGCACGGUGAAAGCGGCAGCCGCAAGCCCGGGCCCGGCCCCGACCCAAGCCCUGCAAAGUCCAAGCACCCUGACAGGGCCCCCUCCUCCCAGAAGCCAAGCGUUGGGCCCAUGGCAGGCAGAGAGUCAGCGGCUCAGUCCCCGCUUGGCCCCAGCCGAGAGGGGAAGGGCAGUGGUAAGGGUGUGCUCGACGCGUUCCCCGCCCUCCCAGGCUGCCAGAACACAGCCACCCAUGUGACUAGCCCGGGAGGAAGUGGACCCUCAGUUUCACUGCACACCCAAGGGGGUCCUCUCGAUGCCAAGGUAAAACCCACUAGUGGUGGGCAGCCGCCGGAGGCGCCGGAGAAGCCCCCGCACCCGCCACAGCAAGGACACCCAGGAGAGGGUGAGCCGGGGGACCAGAAAGCGGCCCCUGCCAGUGAAAAGCAAAACCUGUCUCCAAAGCACCCCAAACCAGCCACUGUGAAAGAUUGCCCCGCUCUGUGCAGACAGACAGACAGGAGUCCGACUUCACAGGCUGCCACCACCACAGAUGGGAAGUCUGAGGGGAAGAAAUGCACUGAAGCACUUUAUGUUCCAGCAGACGAUGGGAAGCUUGAGGCCAGCCUUGCUGCCCUGGCACCCGGCGAGGCCCGGCCCAAAGGCCCGGAGCGGCCGGCAGCUGCCACGGGCAGGGGCUUGCCAGAGGCCAAGGGGAAAGUGCUGAGUCCCCAGAAGCCGCUGAUUGAGGCAGGCAAGCCCAGCGGCAUGAAGCGGUCACCCUCAGCCACCGGACAGAGUUCUUUUCGAUCCACUGCCUUCCCGGAAAAGUCUCUGAGCUCCUCCUCCAGCUUUCCUGAAGCCAGACCCGGGGCUCGAGAGGCCGCUGCAAUCAGCGGUGACGUGUCUUCUGCCAGGGCGGGUGGGGCUGCGGCGAAGACCCUGCCCGGGGGCGAUGGCAGAACCCAUAUGACAAAGAGUGACUCCCUGCCGACCUUCCGGAGCUCCACCGUCACCCUGGAACUGCACCACCCUGGCCCGCACGUGGCGGGGACAGCCGGCCCCCGGGACAGGGCCCUGUCGGUAACUGCCCCCAGCCCCACGGGAGAAACCAAAGGCAAAGAGCCUGUCGCAGCCCCGCCCUCUCAGACUAAGAAACAGAACUCGGGCAGGGAGGUGACCAAGGUAUCCCCAGCUCAGAACCCUGACCGGCCCAUCGCCCUUUCUUCUGAGAAGGACUUUGUGGUGCGGCAGAGGCGGGGGAAAGAGAGUUUGCGCAACAGCCCGCACAAAAAGGCCUCGUAAAGGGGCAGGCCCCAGGCCGGACUGGGGAGACCCGACCUGAAUGUGUACCUGAGUCUUGACUACCUUGUGAAGCCAGCACUGUGUGGGAGCGCCCGCCAGGCAGAGCCUGGAGCCUCGAGGCAGAGGGAGAGAGGGAGAGAGAGAGAGACGGAAAGAAAGAGGGGACCUUCUUCCAAUUGCCUUCCCGAUUGUAACCCGUAAAACUGUUACCAGAGAGUGUUUGUACGGAAAACGAAAACAGCGACAAUAAAGAAACACCGUUACAGUGGAGGUUUGUUGAGGAAAAGGAUUUUCUCUGUAAAUACCUAGCAAUGUGUUUGGUUUGGGAUGUAGAGUGAUAUCUUGCUGCUGAUGGCAUUGUUUACCACAGCUUUUUUUUUCCAGUAGGAUUUUUUUCUUUACCACUUAUCAUCAUGUAGUAAUAAAGCAAAAUGGUUAAACUGGGUGUAUGUAAAAGUAUAGAUACACUCAUAUUCGUGUAUGUAUAUACACAUCCACCCACAUGUUUUGCUCUGUGGUUUAAGAGAAUAUUUUAAGACUACAUUUUUAAGUUAAAACAUUCUAAGUAGAGUUCAAGAUGAAGAAAGCCCUAAAAACAGUAGAUGGUUAGUUUGUGCGUGUCUUUUUAACCUGAGAUUUUGAUAGUACUGUAUCUGGCUAUGUAGAUUUCCAGAUCUUAAGGCAAGAGCUACUCUAAUCACUGCAUUUGGAAUCUUCCUCCAUUAGGAAUGGCCAGAGCGAGCGUAGGUAACCAUUUUCAUGUUACAGUCAUCCCAGUGGACAUUUGAUCCUGGGCCCAGCUGUCAGAAAGGCCAGUUAUCCUUGUCUGUGGGUAUAUAUGUCCGGUCUUCACCCUGGGUGGCUUGGAGGCUCUAAACACACAUCAGCUUUAUUUCUCUCACUUUCCCUUCUUUUCACACUCUUAAACUCAGGCCUCGACGCUAUGAGUCAUUAGUCCAAGAAGCACACAUUGUGUAGUAGUCUUGCACCAGCCCUGCUCUUGAACAAAAAAGGAAAGUUACUGGCCACACACAGAUCCGAUCGUACUUAAGUUGAAUAAUAAGCAUCAGGCAUUGGAAGAGGUUUUAAAUUUGCAUUUUUGAGGGAAAAGGGGGGGGUGGAUUUUGGCAUCAUAGCAUAUAUAUUAAUGAAUAAUCAGGACAUCAGAUACAUUUUAAUACAUAGCUGGGGCCUUACGUUGUAGAUGAAGCUUGCUGUUUUUAGCAAGUUCCUGGGUUUCACAUUCAUUUCUGAUGCAUCGAGUAGCUCCAUACAUUUCAUAACAUGAUCUCUUUAUUUGUAUGCAAAAAAAAAAAAACUGUAUUAAUAAAGAGCAGCAUUUUUUAACAAAAAGACUUGGUGGAGCUAUUUGGUGCUUGAAUGUGACUGUCCUUUUUACUUUUGCUAAGCCUUAUUUAAAUUUUGUAUACCAUGGAAUAUAUAGACUUUGUCACAUCAUUUUAGUGCUGAGGGUUUUUUUUGUUUGUUUUUGUUGCAGUUGUCCUGGUGGGUUGUUUUGUAUCAUAAGAAGGCACUUGCUGACCUAAGUACUAAGGCACUAAGAGAAAAUACACACAGAUAAGUAUUUAUAAGAUGUUUGGGAUCCAUGGCAGGAUUUUGUUUGGUUUUUUUAAGACGGAAAAACAAGUCCCAAUAAAUACGAACUCAGCACCCAAACCCCUUCGGAUGUCUUAGCAUCUAAAUUGUUCAUCUAAAGCACAGCCUGUGGAUUGUAAAUUAUUUAGCAAGGCUGUAAACUCUGCUCCAAAAACAAAGGCAUCACUUAACCGACUGCUGGGUGGUUCUUCAUUGUAAAAUGAGUUGGCAAAACAAAACAAAAAGUACUUGCCCCCAACUUGCCCUUGUGCCCCACCCCUCCCGCCCCGUGUAGUUUUACCCAUUCCCCAUCACUAACAUUGUGAAAUUGUAGAAGCAACACAUAUUUUAGAAGAACUUAAAUGGGUUUCCAAAGUGGUCUCAACAUUUAUAAUUCAUAUCUGUGUUUGGCAGUUGUCAGAACCCAAUCCUCUUACUCAAAUCAUGACAGGUGUGUCGGGGAGGUAGUUCAUGGUUUACAGCCUUUGCUUUUUAACUGUCCAGUUUCCUUUAAAGCACAACUAGCUGCUUGUUUACAAAUGAUAUUUUUAUGUAUAUUUUGUAUAGUGUAUUAUCAUUUUUGCCAAAUAUGUUUUUUGCAUUUUGGAUGAGUAAAGAGUACUUAAGGUUGCAUUCAUGUAAUCCCUGUUUGUUGUUGUAAACCUCUCCAAUCAGCUGGUAGAAAUUUUCCUGUGUUCUAUUUGGUCAGUCUCCUGUGAUUGUAAGAUGUGCUCCUCGGUAGUACUCCCAGCUGUAGAUUUACCAGCUUACAAGUUUGUUAGGAUCUGUGCAAUAAAGUGUUUGCAGUCUUAUUUUCUCUAAGAAAUUCCCUAUGGAUGUCAUCAUUGUUGUAUAUUGAACAAAUAUUUAUACUUAUGCAGUUGCAUAACAUUGAAAUAAAAAUUUAGCAUGAAAAGA